AUGUUUGCCGCCAGACGAUCUGCUCCCUCGACGCGGCAACUGCUGCGCACCCAGCGCCGCUGGGGCUCCCACGCCGCUCACGAGCCCGUGAACGAGGGCUUCGGCCGCAGCUUGUACGUGACCGUCGGUGCCAUUGCCGGUGCCUACACUCUCUACCGUAUCAGCAAGUCCAACCAGGAAUCCGGCUCCCCGUCCUUCAUCUCUGGCCUGAUUAGCAAGUGGACACCUUCCCAGGAGACCUUCGAGCAGCGCAAUGCUAUCCACACUGCCAUCAUGGAGAAGGUUGCGGAAGACCGCCACUUGCUCGGCAGUCAGGGUCCCCGUGAGAACUUCGAGCUCAUGCAGCCUGAUAUGAUGAACACCGGUUCUCCUUACAACGUUUCCCCCGGUUCUCAGGCCGAUCUCAGCCACGUCGUCGCUCACUACCAGCGCAAGAACCAGGAGAUCGAGGCAGCUCGGGUCGAGCGCAUGAAGGAUGGCAAGGCCUCCCUCUACGAUUAG